AUGGCGGGAGCCGCCGGCGGGGUUCACGCCGGCCUGGCACCGACUCGCCGCCUCUCUUCAGCCUCGGCGCCGGUUACGCUGGAGCGAGUGCUGGGCAUAACGACCCAAACGAGCAGCGGCUUCGCGUGCGACCCCGCCACGGGGCGCGUCGCCUACGCGGCCGGGUGCGUGGUUGUCAUUUUAAAUCCCCGAACGAACGAGCAGAGGCACAUCCUGAACACUUCCAGGAAAACCCUAAGUGCUUUGGCGUUUUCACCCGAUGGGAAGCUUAUUGUGACCGGAGAGAACGGGCACCGCCCGGCCGCCCGCGUCUGGGACGUGGAGGAGCGGGCGCAGCUCUGCGAGCUGCACGGCCACAAGCACGGCGUGGCGUGCGUGGCCUUCUCGCCCAACGGCAAGUACCUGGUGUCCGUGGGCUACCAGCACGACAUGAUCGUCAACGUGUGGGACUGGAAGAAGGAUUCGCUGGUGGCAUCCAACAAGGUGUCCUGCAAAGUCAUGGCCGUGUCCUUCUCCGAGGACAGCUACUUUGUCACCGUGGGGCACCGCCACGUCAAAUUCUGGUUCUUGGACUCCUCCAGAGAACUUAAGGUCAAGGAGACGGUGCCGCUGGUGGGGCGCUCGGGGCUGCUGGGCGAGCUGCACGACAACGUCUUCUGCGGCGUGGCCUGCGGGCAGGGCGAGACGGCGGGCAGCACCUUCUGCGUCUCCCUCGGGCUGCUCUGCCAGUUCAACGAGAAGCGGGUGCUGGAGAAAUGGAUCGUCCUCAAGGUCUCGCUGGCGAGCUGCGUCUGCGUCGGCGGCGAGUUCGUGUUCUGCGGCUGCGCCGGCGGCACCGUCAGGAUCUUCCUGGCGCGCGACAUGCGCUAUCUCGGCGACCUCCCGAAGCCUCACCGCCUCGGCGUGGACGUGGCCCGAGCGCCCGCCCCGAGGUACGGCGCCCGCGCCGGAUUGGGUCUAUCCGACGCCAUCGCUCUGGCCUACGACCCUUGCAACUGCUGGCUGUCGUGCGUGUACAAGGACCACAGCGUGUACGUGUGGGACGUCCGGGAUAUCGGCAAAGCGAGGAAAGUGUGGUCGGAUCUUUUCCACAGCUCCUUCGUGUGGAGCGUCGAGGUGAGAAGGUUUCGUUUACCCGAGUUCGAGGAGCGGCGAUCCUGCCUGCCCGCCGGCUCCUUCCUGACGUGUUCCUCGGACAACACCAUCCGCGCCUGGAACUUGGAAAACGCCGCCGGCCGAAACGCCUACAGCACCACCCUACUGAGCGUCGUCUACGUGGACGACAACCAGCACCUGCAAGACUCGGCCGGCGCGCAGCGCGGCGAGAACGCCGGCGGCCUCGACGUGAAAGCGGGCAGCGUGCGCGUCAUGCAGGUCAGCCCGGACGGGCAGCACUUGGCCUCGGGCGACAGAGCGGGCAACUCAGGCGAGAUCCACGAGCUGCGGUUCAUGCAGGAGGUGGCGAAGGUGGAAGCUCACGACUCGGAAGUUCUCUGCUUGGAGUAUUCGAAGCCGGAAACGGGAGUAGCGCUGUUGGCUUCGGCGAGCAGAGACAGGCUGAUCCACGUCUUAAACGUGGACAAAAAUUACAGGCUGGAGCAAACCCUGGACGACCAUUCGUCUGCCAUAACGUCGGUAAAAUUCGCCGGGGACGGAGAUAUUCAGCUAAUAAGCUGCGGAGCCGAUAAAAGCAUUUAUUUCCGCCGCGCUCAGAAGCUGGCGGCCGGCCUGAGCUUCGUCAGGACGCACCACGUCGCCGAGAAAACCACCUUGUACGACAUGGACAUCGACAUCACGCGGAAGUACGUCGCCGUGGCCUGCCAGGACCGAAACGUCAGGGUCUACCACGCCGCCAGCGGCAAGCAGAAGUGCUGCUACAAGGGCUCGCACGGCGAGGACGGAUCGCUGCUGAAGGUGCAGCUGGAUCCCUCGGGCACCUUCCUAGCGACGAGCUGCUCCGAUAAGAGCAUCUCCGUCAUCGACUUCCAUUCGGGAGAGUGCGUGGCGAAAAUGUUCGGACACUCAGAAAUAGUCACGGGCAUGAGGUUCACCUACGACUGCAGACGCCUCAUCACGGUCUCGGGAGACAGCUGCGUGUUCGUUUGGCUCCUGGGUCCCGAAAUCACCACCAGCAUGAAGCAGCAUCUGCUGGAACUCGACCAGCUCCCGCCGAAGGGGACGGAGGAGACGAGUCGGCCGGAUCGGAUCAGGCGGCAGACGUACGUGGCGAUUCCCGGCGCCAGGGUGGCUCGCGACGCCGCGGAGCUCUCGGACGACGAGCCCGACGCCGCCUCGUCCCCGCGCACUCCGUCCAAAGAGGAUUUCGAGCCGGCGCCCGCCUGCGUCCUCACCAACGGCAAGCUGCCCAUGUGGGCCAAGAGGCUGCUGGGAGAGGCGGAUAACUCGGACAACGCCGGCUCCAACCCCCGAGCGAGCUACCAGCCGCAGGGCAGGUGGGCGGAACGGGCCGAGAAAGACCCGAUUAAGACCCUGCUGGAAGCCGAUCUGACCUACUUCACCCCCAUCAAGAGCGACUUCGAGGGCGACGCCGACCUGGAGCCCAGGAAUUUGGACCGUCUCCUCCUGGAGACGGAGAGUUCUCCCGGCAGCGUUAUCGAGGACUUCAAACGCUCCGAGCUUUACUCCGAAGACGAAGCCAGUCGGGAGGAGCUGGAAUCGCUCGACGCCACCGGCGCCGGCCCGGAUGAGGCGUGCUCCGGGCGCAGCUCGCUGGAGAGCGGCGGGAGACGCCCGAAGGAGCUGCCGCUGCAACCUGUUUAUCGGAGGGAAGUCGGCGACGUCGCGGAGAAAAACUCAUCCGUCGCUUCGCCGGAGCCGGAAACGUCCGCGAUUCGUCUCCGGCCGGAAGACGAUUCCGACGGAGAAGCCGAGCCGGAAAAGGCUUCCGCGAGCCCGCAGCCCGCCGGCUCUCUGCCGCAGACUCCCGAGCAGGAGAAAUACCUCAAGCAGCAUUUCGAGACGCUGGCGGACGCCCCCGCCGAGGAAGAGAAAUUCGACGGCUCCUUAAAGGAUUUGAAACCGCCCGAAGCUGAGGACGAGGAAAAAACCCUUUUCUUGAACCCGCGCUUGAGUAUUUCGGCCAGAUUCCUCUCGCGCUGCCAGAAAAACAGCAGGUUAGCGGGCACCUUCCUGCCGCGGCCUCCGCCGCGGGCUCCCGCCGGGGGCCCGGGAACCCGUUAAGGAAGAGACGGAAGCCGCCCGCGAGCUCGAAAAACCGGAGGAGCCGCCGGAAGAGAAACCCCUCGAAACGGUAGGAAAACCGCCCUCGGCGCCUUGCGAACCUGCAG